ACACGCGUUCAGUCGUCUCGCAACUUUACGUUUAAGUCAUCGUCUCCAAACUUCCGAACAUAAAUACCGGACGUAAACUUCUACCUAGCAGUACGCCAUGCGCUUUCGUAUAAAUCAUUUUGAUAUUUCUCUAAAUUACUGUGAUUUGUGAAAAAUGAAGAAAGAGGAUAUAACACAGCCCGAGCUCGAAGAACUUCUGCAACCGAAAGUCCUGAAAAAAUCUAAACUAAUCCCAAGCCAGACACAUAAGGAGAAGCCCAGGAUCCCUGACGAUGAAGAGUCGGGUCCGGACGUAGUGUCAGCUCUCAUUGGCGAAUAUGGACGAUGGCAGCUAUUAAUGACAUUUCUUCUGUCAUUAUUCUCAUUCCCAUGCACAUUCCACAUAUUUUUGCCAACUUUUACGGCAAGAGCAACCCAAUUCUGGUGUCAGCCGCCAGAUAACCUGUCAAGUGUACCCCUAGAGAGAUGGAUCAACUACAGCCAACCUGAAGAUGGGUGCAGCGUGCGCGUCAUUCCACCCAAUGUGACAGCUGACAGUAUUAUAAAUUACACAGCGAUCGCUCUCGAUUCAUUCCAAAAGUGUCAGAAUUGGGGUUAUGACAGGAGCGAAGUUGGCGACACUAUUAUCUCUGAAUGGAAUCUAGUGUGUGAGAAGGCUAGUUUGACAAAUCUUGCUGAGGUUGUAUUUUUGAUCGGCAUCGGUGUGGGUGGGGUCGUGGGGGGAUGGAUUUCUGACAGGUUCGGCCGAAAGCGCAUCCUCAUGGCUAUGUCAGUGGCUCAAAGUGCGUUGGCCAUACUAUCUCUUCUAGUCAGCUCCUAUAUGCAAUACGUAGUAGUUCGACUUGUCAUGGGACUUGUAUCCGUAUCUGUGGUAUACGCAGCAUUUGUGUUGUCUGUGGAACUUGUUGGCGGGAAAUGGGUGACAAUCGCGGGAGUUUGUAAUUUCUUCCCACUGCCAUUGGCGUAUGUAAUAGUGUCUCUGCUGUCUUUGAUUAUGCCUAAUUGGAGGGAUCUACAGUUGGCGUUGUCUAUACCCGGAUGCUUACUAAUAUUUUUGUGGUUUGUCCUACCAGAAUCCCCAAGAUGGCUGCUAAGUAUGGGACGGACACAAGAAGCGAAAGCUAUACUAGAAAAAGCUGCAACAUUCAACAGACGUGAGCUGCCUGCUGAUAUUGACAAAUUGCUAUUAGUCUACAAAACAGACACGAAAUCUGAAGACCCGAGCGUAUGCAUGUUACUCCGAGGCUACCUCCUGAAAAGAACAGUGUGUCUGUUCAUUACCUGGUUCGCAAUGACCAUAGCAUACUACGGGCUGUUGUUAAACAUAGGCAACUUCAAUUUGGGCAAUCUACAUUUGACGUCGAUUAUAUUGGCAGUUGUCGAAAUACCAGCCAUUGGAUUUAGUAUUCCUAUACUUUUAAAAGCUGGAAGACGUCUACCUAUAUUUACAAGCAUGGUUGUAUGCGGGCUAGCCUGUGUAUGCAGCGAGAGCUUGGCAAUAGCCUAUGCGAACGAAUGGGCCAUGAUUGCAUGUCUGAUGGUGGGAAAGUUCGCGAUCGGUGCGACGAAUAUGAUGCUGCCGAUAUUUACGGCUGAGCUUUACCCCACAAUGGUGAGGAACUUGGGAGUGGGUAUCAGUCAGAUUUCCUCCGGACUUGGUCUCAUAUGCAUACCCUAUUUAUGGAAAUUGACUGCUUUGAACGACCACCUUCCGAUGAUUACAAUAGCUUUGAUGAGCGUAGCAGGGGGCACCACUGUACUCUUACUUCCAGACACAACUAAAACACAACCUAAAAAGGGAGCUGAAAAUAUAACGCCUACAAUUAACGGCACGUAUACAACUACAGACGAUAGAGGGCGCUGAUUUACAUAAAACUAGAAUUCGUAAUAAAAUAGAUAAACGGUAAUAUAAAAUUUCGAAUUUAUUAUGGACAAGAAAACAUAAGUUGAAAUGAGUUAAGAAAUUUAUUUUUAUAUAAAAAUAACGGUGAUAUUAUUAUGUUAAUUUUGAAAACAAGUAUUGUAAGGUAGCUAUUAUUUCCAGAAGCAUCGUAGAGAUAAGACUUGUAUAUAGUGUAUGUAAAUAUAUUCAAUAAUAUUUUACCUAUAUUAGGUAAUAUUUGUAAAAUCUAUUCAUAAAUAUCCGCUUAUAUAAUGACAGAAUAAAUACAAAGGACAAAUUAUAAUUUGUAUAAAAUCAUAACCAACAAAUAUUCACCAUAUUUUUUGUACUUAAUUUGUUUUAAUACAUAGAUUUUCUUUCUGUGAAUCAAGAUCAAUUUAGUAUUUAAAAUUAAGGUUUAUUUUAA